ACUAUGCACCAAACCUGAGAUUCCACUCCCUGGUCCUGUGUGUACUACAUACUUUCACACACAGCACUUAUAAACUCUGGCCUCUGUUGUGAGAGGUACCUCAUGAUAAAGCGAGUCAUGGGCAGCAUAAGGGUAAACAGGUACAGCAUUGUCUCCACUGAAGAGGAUGGGCAUAAAGUCUCUUCCCUCGGCAGCAUUGAUGGGCACAACCGGAAUGGGAAAGGUCAUGCACCACGACGAAAACGUCGCAACCGUUUUGUUAAGAAGAAUGGCCAGUGCAAUGUCUACUUUGCCAACCUAAGCAACAAGUCUCAACGCUAUAUGGCUGACAUUUUCACAACAUGCGUGGACACUCGUUGGCGGUACAUGCUUAUGAUCUUUUCUGCAGCUUUUUUGGUUUCCUGGCUGUUUUUUGGUCUCCUCUUCUGGAUUAUUGCUUUCUUCCAUGGUGACUUAGAAGCUCCCAGUACAGGGAGUGGGUCCACCACUACAAAACUCUGCAUCAAACAUGUCAACGGAUUCUUGGGAGCUUUCCUUUUUUCAGUAGAAACACAGACAACCAUUGGGUAUGGUUUCCGAUAUGUGACUGAGGAAUGCCCAUUAGCCAUUAUGGUGGUGGUGGUACAAUCCAUUGUGGGCUGUGUUAUUGACUCCUUCAUGAUUGGCACCAUAAUGGCUAAGAUGGCACGCCCCAAGAAAAGGGCCCAGACUCUCCUUUUCAGUCAUCAUGCUGUCAUUUCUUUGCGGGAUGGUAAACUGUGCCUCAUGUGGCGGGUAGGAAAUCUGAGGAGAAGCCAUAUUGUAGAAGCUCACGUUCGGGCUCAGCUUAUCAAGCCCUACAUGACAGCUGAAGGUGAGUAUCUUCCAGUAGACCAGCGAGAUUUGAAUGUGGGAUAUGACAUAGGGCUGGACCGUAUCUUCUUAGUAUCUCCCAUUAUUAUCGUCCAUGAGAUUGAUGAGGAAAGUCCACUGUAUGGAAUGGGGAAGGAAGAACUAGAGAGGGAGGACUUUGAGAUAGUUGUCAUCCUUGAAGGCAUGGUGGAAGCUACAGCCAUGACCACCCAGGCUCGCAGCUCCUACUUGUCUAGUGAGAUCCUUUGGGGCCACCGCUUUGAGCCUGUAGUCUUUGAGGAGAAGAAACAUUAUAAGGUGGACUACUCACGCUUUCACAAGACCUAUGAGGUGGCUGGGACCCCUUUUUGCUCUGCACGGGAACUGCAGGAGAGCAAGAUCACUGUCCUGCCUUCACCCCCGCCACCUCCCAGUGCCUUCUGCUAUGAGAACGAGUUGGCUCUUGUCAGCCAGGAUGAAGAUGAAGACGAGGAUGACUUGGGUGUAGGAGUGGAUUUGGUAGGAAGCCCUAAGGAGGAUGCUGGAGUCAUACCUAUGAUGGAGUUCGGGAGCCACAUGGAUUUGGAUCGAUUGCAAGUAUCCAUCCCCCUCGAUACACUCUCAUACCAUAGGGAAUCAGCCAUCUAAUCUCCAUUCUGACUUUCCAUCCCACAUACAAUCUCCAAAAUUAGAGCCAGUGCUUGAUUGGAAAAGCCCCAUGGUACUUCUCUUAAAAUGCUGAACAUGUGUAGACAGGAUGCUUCUCUGAUGGAUGGUUCAGGUUUGAUGCCAUGAAGUUAAAGAAAUUGGUGUUCAAACUUCUGAACUCAGAACAAAAUUCCAGCCAUUCCUCCUCAUCCCAGUAGUUCUUUUGUGACUUGGAACUGUGAGAAGACAACAGUAGCCACUGCACUCUGGAAUAAUAUGAGGAAUACUCUGUUUAAGCUGCCAGCAGCAACGGGACUGAUGGCCACAAAGAUGGCUGACAUUUGCUGCAGGACUAUCAACCAGAUGAGGAUGGACUGGAGAAUCAGGUGAAUCACAGGGACAGUGGAAGACAGGAUGUGGGAUGUGAUCUGCAUGUAUAUUAUUUGUUGCAUACUUAAAAUGCUACAUCAGGAGAGAAUAACCUCAGUUUUCAAUGCCUCUCAAAGAUUUACAGUUGAUCUCUGUCUCAGUCUUGUUCUUGGCAUCCAUGACUCCUUCAGUAAAUUAACACCAAGUCUUUUCCGAUCCUUCUUAAAACCAUGGUCUUCUCCACACAAAAGCAAAUGAGAAACAUUAGCAAGAAUAAAGGUUCCCAAUUGAGCCAGUAUUGAACAACCUAUCGUUGGUCGUAGCUAAGCAAUGGCAUUUCUACAUGCUCACUCCAACCUUCUUUCUGACUCAUCUUAUAUGCUCACCUGGAAAAAUGACUUUGUAAAUAUUUAUUUUUAAUAAAGUAUGGAGUUCCAGGGUAAGCCUGGAAACAAAGAUAAGGUAACCCCAAAUUCAGUGCAUUGAGCUGUGAUAAGCAUUUGCUUGAUGUUUGUUGUAUUGUCUAAGGACAUAACUACAUAACUUAAACUGGAUGAAUUGUUAUUAAUGUUCUAAGGAAUUGUAGUUCCGUGAAGGGACUAGGGAUAUAUAAGAAUUUUUGUAUCAUAAUGA